CGCCUCCACCGCUAGCUCGUUGUUACUUGUUUUUUCUAUUUCCAAUCGAGCCGAUCAGUGAAUCAGUGUUGUUUCAUUUUUGCCGGUUAACGACAUCUGAAUUUGUUUUUGUCAGUCGCAUUCGCAUUGUCCUGUCCUGCAACCGUUUAACGUUUUGUACUAGUCUUGCGUCCCAGUGCACGGUUCACGUUCAAACACAACAGUACAAUCGUAUACAAACCAACAACGACAUAAUGACCAACGAACAGCCUCUGGUAGCACCAGUAAUUUGGGCUCAACGUAACACAGUGGUGUACAUAACCAUUUGUGUAGAAGAUUGUAAAAAUCCGGAAGUUAAAAUCGAACCUGAACAAAUAUAUUUCCACGGUGUUGGUGGAGUCGAAAAAAAAGUAUAUGAAGUUACCAUACCAUUGUUUGGAAAAGUCGAACCUGAAAACAGUAAAACGACAAUUGGUGGCAGGUACAUUGAGCUACUUUUACAAAAGCCGUCUGACGACACAAAGUAUUGGCCAUAUCUAACCAAAGAAAAAAAGAAAUACCAUUGGUUAAAAGUAGACUUUAAGAAAUGGAAAGAUGAAGACGAUACAGACGAAGAAGUGGCGGGAGGUGACGGUAACAUUGAUGAUAUGCUUAGUAUGAUGGGCGGCGGUGGAGCUAAAAUGCCUGGUAUGCCUGGUAUGGGAGGACUUGGUGGCUUAGGAGGAGAUUACAAUGAACCUUCCGAUGAAGAUUCUGAUGAUGAAGAAAUGCCAGAACUCGAUGACAUUGAUACUGAAGCAGGUAAAGGUAAAGACAAAACUGAAGAUGAUCUGCCAAACCUAGAAGAAGUAAAACCGGCUACAACUGCCUAAUCCCUACUAUCGUCAUUACCUCAUACUUCCGAAUUUUCGUUCACAUAAUACGGUUUAAUUUAAUUGAUUUUAUAUGUGUAAUUUUUUACAUCGAUUAAACUAAAUGGGGACAUAAUUCAUGCUCAUGUGUGUGCAUCAAUGUUUUAUGUUCAAUUCAAAUGCCGUUUCUUAUUCACUUAUUUUAUUUGUGAAACCAUUGUUAAAAUUUAUUUUUUCUUCUCCCCAUUCCUUAUGCACGAUCUAGAAAUAAAAUAUUCUUUAUUGUA